AUGGCUUCUCUUCGUUUCUUGACAUUUCUUUCACCACUCUUGCUGAUCACUUUGUCAAUGGUGGACAACACAUGCAGGACAGAAGCGCGCAGGAUUUUGGAGACAACAUUGCCUAUGGUUCCUGAGCUCCCCAAGCCUGAAUUGCCUGAGAUGCCACCGUUGCCUAAGGUUGAACUUCCAACAAUACCGAAACCUGAACUCCCUGAGCUGCCAAAACCUGAAGUUCCCAAAAUGCCUGAAUUACCAUCUUUCCCCCAUUUCCCUGAGCUUCCAAAGACCACAUUACCUACCAUACCAGCUCUUCCCAAGGAUAUCAAGCCACCUCAGUCUACUACUAGUCCUUAA